GGGUGAUCGGAUCAAAUCCGAUCUUUUAGAUGCUCAUUUCAUUUCUCUACGAAUACCGUCUCUGGCGCUGACUAUACCCUUUUCCUUAUUCAUGGCUUGAUUUUAGGUUAAUUAUUUAUUGCUAUCUACUCAAGAACGGCCGAGGCAUCUAUAACGGUGUCAUGUCUUCUGACCUCGAGUCUCUGCACAACAGAGAUCUCGCCGAGGAAAUAGAAGCCAUCAACGCAAUAUACGGCUCCGAAACGAUUGGCCUUAAUACAGUCACAGUCACUGGGAAACUUACAGAGAAUUCACUACGGACUCUAGACUUGGGAAGUACGAACAAUGCGAACCAAACUGUCACUACGACUAUAAAGAUACAAAUUCCCAACCAUCCUGAAUUAUCAUUCCUAAUUGGCUUCGACGACAAAUACCCGGAAACAUCUCCUAGAGUUAUCGGAACGGCAUCGACUGCUUCUCGGGGUGAGGGAAGAAUAGCGGUUGAUGUUCUAGAAGAUAUUACGCGUCGGACACAUCAGCCUGGCCAAGUAUGCCUGUUCGAGGUCAUUAGCGAGGCUAGCGAGAAAUUCGAGGAGUUGAGUAUUGGCGUGGUAGAUGAUGUGACGAAGAACGACAACUCGGGAGGGGUUGAGACUCGCGAGAGUCAUGACGAGGAAGACCUCAAAGACUCAUUUGCGACUCUCUCCCUCCGAGACGCGUUCGGAAUUAACGAGCCUCCAGACUGGAGUUUAUCUGACGUUAUGACGGAGAAGAAAUCUGUCUUCGUUGGAAGGGCCGUCCAUGUCACAAGUAAAGCACAGGCGCAGGCUUAUUUAGACUAUCUCCUUGCAACCGACAAGAAAGUUGCAGCAGCAACUCAUAAUAUCAGUGCAUGGCGUAUUCGAGAAAAGAAAAAUGAUGGCUCCGAGACGAGUGUUCAGGACUGCGACGAUGAUGGAGAGACGGCUGCUGGCGGCCGAUUACUGCACAUGAUGCAGUUGAUGGAUGUAUGGGAUGUGCUAGUCGUUGUUACUAGGUGGUAUGGAGGCGUGCUAUUAGGACCAGAUCGGUUUCGCAUUAUUAAUAAUGCCGGCAAAGAUGCAUUAGCCAUAGGUGGCUUUCAAAAAGAGCCCUCUGGAGGCAAAGAUAAAGGCAAAAAGAAAGGGAAAAAAUGAUCUAUUUGAGUUAUAGGUCGUGUAUUUGGCGCGACUGACUCAAGAUCGCACACUGUCGGACAAGCAAAGAAAGAAGCAAGUGGUGUUGACACUUUGAGAGCAUCAUCACAAU